UGCAUUAAAGUAGGAGAUAACCGAGUCUAUAUAAAGUGUAACGUAGUAUUUGAUCGUUCUGUUAUUUAAAGUUUGUAAAGAUAGUGUAGCGAAUUUAAUUUUUUUUUUACUUUUAUUUUUUAUAUAAAAACGAUAAAAUGCGAAAUUGUACGACGUUUCUUCCGAUAUUAAUGAGCAUAUUAUUUAAUGUAAAGUGCACACCUAUUUCGCAGCCGGGAUAUGAAAGCCCUCAAUAUGUAGGAUCACAAAAUAUUCCUACUGUAUCUUAUAAGCCGCAACAAAUACAAUACAAACCAGUGCAACCCCAAAGGCCAGCUGUUCAACCAAAAGCUGCCGGUCUACAGUAUUACGCCACUCAGCAGCAACAGCAACAUCAGCAGCAGCAACAAAAAAGUCCACCAGCAAUUAAUACUGCUGGAUAUGGUCCUGUAAGACAAGUUUUUGUUCCUACUAGCCAGGGCCCAAGAGAAAUCGAUGCAAAUUAUUACGACCAAGUGGUAAAGGCCCAGCAACAAACUUAUAGGGCUCAGCAACCUCAAGCACAACAAGCAUCUUACCAACCUCAGCAAAUAAAAUAUGUUCCUCAACCACAACAGGUAAAAUAUGUUGCGCAACCUCAAGGACAGUAUAAUGCAAGGUACCAGCAGCAACAACCACAAGCUCCAUUGAAGAAAGAAGAAGACGAGGAGGAGCAAGAAGGAGAUUAUGAUCCCAAUCCAUCAUAUCAAUUUGGUUUCGACGUGAAGGAUGAUCAAUUUACUAACUAUCAGACACGAAAAGAAGAGCGAGACGGUAAAGUCAUUACUGGGAGCUACUCUGUUGUAGAUGCCGAUGGUUAUAUUAGAACUGUGAAAUAUACUGCGCACCCUAAGGAUGGUUUUAAAGCUGAGGUAUCGAGGGAGCCUACAGAUAUCAAAAUUAAAAUUCCAAAACCAGAGCCUCAGUACCAGCAACUACCAAGGCAGCACCCCGAACAAUUGGCUGCAAGAGCUCAACAACAUCAACCCCAAUAUAUUCAGGUUGGUGCCCAAAGGGUAGCUCACAGACCUCAGCCACAAGAAAACGAGAACGUAGUAUACCAAUACCAAUAAAUAUUUAGGUUUAUUAAAUUUUUAUCUGUUAAUUUUUGUUAAUUUUUAUAAAAAUUUGUUAAAGUAUACGAAUAGUGCCUAUUGUGUUGUUUUGUACUUUUAUAUAUUAUAUUUAUUUAAUUUUU